AGAGUCCUGCUUUAGUGUUCACGCCGGCUUAGAGACGCAGCACAAGAGUGUGUGUUUUCGUUUUUCAUGCUCUAGUCUUCCUCCAGAGCCGUUGAUGAAGCAGGCUGGCUCAGCUCCAUCUCAUCUCAGUCUGGGGUCCAGAGGUGGCCGGCGGGGUCGAAGGGUGUACCGCUUCUCGUGUGUGCGUGACUUUAUUUUGCAACUUUUGACCACUGGAACUGUACUGUAAGCAUUAUGACUCUUCUGGGCUCUGAACACUCCAUACUGAUACGAAGCAAGUUUAGAUCAGUCCUACAGUUAAGACUUCAGCAGAGGAGGACACGAGAGCAGCUGGCAGACCAAGGCAUCAUGCCUCACCCGGCCUUAGACGGCUCCUCUCUGGAGACCCAGAUGAGGCUAAAGCGAGCCCGGCUCGCCGAGGACCUGAAUGAGAAGCUGGCUCUCAGGCCGGGGCCCCUGGAGCUGGUCCAAAAGAAUAUCAUUCCCCUAGACUCUGCCGUCACAAUGAAAGUAAACCAUGGCAAGUUCCCCAAGCAAGAGGACUCUUAUGCGUUUGAGGAGGACAGCAGCAGUGAGAGUCUGUCUCCAGAGCAGCACCACAGUGAUGAGUCGCAGGGCUCGGCCUGCCCUUCGUCUGAGGCUGUCGGCAGCACGGCCUCCUCCUCCUCCUCACCUGCCCUCACCAGCCCACGUCAGGGCGGUGCAGCCAGAGACCCACCUGAUCAAAGCCACGAUGAAGGGCUUUCCAGUGCCAUCAGCCAGGCAACUCCCCCAAUACCAGUUCCUGCUAUUGUCAAGUCCAAGACGUCAGACAAGAACCGACACAAGAAGCCCAAAGAUGUGAAGCCCAAAGUGAAGAAGCUCAAGUACCACCAGUACAUUCCUCCGGACCAGAAGGCAGAGAAGUCCCCUCCACCCAUGGACUCGGCCUACGCCCGACUCCUCCAGCAGCAGCAGCUCUUCCUGCAGCUGCAGAUCCUCAGCCAGCAGAAACACGCUAACACACAUUCGCAGACGCAGCAGUCGCAACAGCAGCACGCACACACUCCGCAGACGCAGGCCCAGCUUCAGCAGAGGCAGCCUGCAUUCAGCUACCAGCCUCAUCCGCCGGCCCACUCCCAGAAAGGAGCCAGUGAGCAGUUGUCAGCUUGUAGCUCCAGUGGUCCGUCCAGCACAGCCAACAGUAACUCAUCCUCUCCAGUCAAGAACAACUAUCCUAACCAAAGCAACAUCUCACCGGUCAAACCUGGGCCCCUGCCAGCUAAUCUGGAUGACUUAAAAGUUUCAGAGCUCAGGCAGCACCUACGUAUUCGCGGCAUGCCUGUCUCAGGCACCAAAACCGCCCUCAUCGAGCGACUCCGACCCUUCAAGGACUCCACAGCUGGCUCCUCACCCUCAGGGUCCUCUGACAUCACCACUGUGACCUUCCCUGUCACACCCACUGGUUCCCUGUCCUCCUACCAGUCUCCAUCCUCCUCCAGCGCUCUGUCGCAGGGAGGAUACUACCCUUACCCCAGCACCUCCUCCACCCCGCCAAUCUCACCGGCCUCCUCGGAGCUGUCCCUCAGCGGCUCGCUGCCCGACAGCUUCAGCGAUGUGCCCAUGUCGUCACCAACACAGUUCGCCCUGCAGCCAUCCCCGGCUCAGCUCAGCAUGGAGGAUGACCUGGGAGGAGGAGGAGGAGGAGGAGGAGGUGGUGGCAACCUGGGCGGGGGAGGACCGAGAGGAGGGGAGGGUGGAGGUAUGGAUGGUCUGGAAGCUGAAAAAGACAAGAUGCUGGUGGAAAAGCAGAAGGUGAUCGAGGAACUGACAUGGAAGCUGCACCAGGAGCAGAGACAGGUUGAAGAGCUGAAGAUGCAGCUCCACAAGAGGAAACGCUGCUAUGGAGCUACACAGGACGCCGCCCCUCCUUCAUCUCAUCCCUCCAUGCACCACCAGCAGCAGACUCCAGCCAUGAUGAGCCAGCAUUUUUUCGGCGUGACAAUCAAGCAAGAGCCCAUGUCCAUGUCGUCCAGCUGCCCUCUGUCUUCUCCCAAACAGCUCAAGAGUCCUCCUGGAAGCUGCAUGGAGGAUAUGGGACACUGCAACACUCCGAUGGCCAACAUGGGGGGUCCCGGUGGGCCACAAUGUAUGGACACAGGCCCUUCUUCUGGCAGUCCCUCCACUAUGUCUGCCUUCCUUAGCCCGCAGUGCUCACCGCAAGACUCUCCCAUUGGAAAAACUUCUGGCAGCCCCCAGCCGUCAUCUCCCAAUAACCCCUACCUGCUGUCUCCGCCGCUGGGAAGAGACGGCUGCAGUCUCCCCCACGCCCAGGGCAACAACAGGGCACGCAACAUGCAGAUGCAGCAGAAGAGCGGCGGCCAGCCAGUGAACUGUGCUUAUCCUUCUGACCAAAGGAGCCUUCAGGGAGUCUUCCCCAGCUCAGCUGAUUGUGGCCUGAACCAUAACGGUUCUGCCAAGGCUGAGAGCCAGAACAUGCAACCAAAGAUGUCAGUAUUGCCAUCUCCUCGGCAUGUUGCCCAAAAGAGCCAGGUCUCUCCCCCUGCCUUCAGUAGCUCAGAUUCAGAUGCACCUGACAUAAGACAGCCCCCAUGCUAUGAGGAUGCAGUCAAGCAG